AUGACUACUUCACCAUCUGAUGUCGCAACAAAUCCGGAGCGUCACCAUCCCCACACAUUGUCGGCCGUGGACUUUCAUAGUGCAAGUUCUGGCGUUGCUGCCAAGACCAUGCGUACCGAGUUAAACAGGCUCGCUAACGCGAUUCAAGACAUGAAGGCUCGUAGAAAUUUUCAAAAUGAGAUGGAUCAUUUUUAUUCAUUAUUUGUCAGAUAUUUGAGUGAAAAAGCUAAAGGUACAAAAUUGGAUUGGGAUAAAGUUAAUGAACCUAGUCCCGAACAAAUUAUUCCAUAUAAAGAUCUACCUGUCUCUGAAAGCCCUGAACACUUAAAUAAAUUGGCAGUUCUCAAACUUAACGGUGGUCUUGGAACAACCAUGGGUUGUGUAGGUCCGAAGAGUGCCAUUGAGGUUAGGGAUGGUAUGACUUUUUUGGAUUUAAGUGUCAGGCAAAUUGAGUAUCUUAAUAGUAAAUACGAUGUCAACGUUCCCUUUAUACUCAUGAAUUCAUUUAAUACUGAUGACGAUACUAUGCGAAUCAUUCAAAAAUAUGGAAGCCACAAGAUUGAUAUUCUUACAUUUAACCAGUCGCGUUAUCCUAGGAUUAACAAAGAGUCACUGUUGCCAAUGCCUCGAUCACCAGUUGGUGAUAUCAGUCAAUG